AUGGCUCAUUCUACAGAUUCUGAUUCUGAUUUUGUAUCAACAGCUGUUCCAAAUUUGCAAAUUGUAAAUCAAAAGAAAAAGAAGGCAGAUGAAGGAAUAUCAAAGAAAAAAAUUAAAAAAAAAACCGUUGUUACUUCUGAAAGCGACUAUGAUUCUUCUUCUGAUUCAUCCUCACAGCAUAGAAAAAGAAUUAAAAAAGCUAAAAAUACAAAAAAGAAAAAAAGACUUGAAAAGAAAAAAAGACACUAUGUUUCAGAUUCUUCAUCUUCACAGUCAGAGACAUCAGAGUCAGAGACAUCCACAACAGAGAGUGAUGAAUAUGAUAAAGUAAAUAAAACGAAAAAAAGAAAAGUCAAAAAACAUUUCAAGCGCCAUAACAAAUUAAUCCAUAAUGAUGUGAAACACAAAAAGAAAAAGCAUGUUUCCGAUUCUUCAACAGAAUCAGAGACAGAAUCAGAUACACAGUCAACGGGAGUGACAAAGAUUAAAGAAGCAAAAAGGAAGAGGAAAAGUGGGGACAAUCGUGCAGCAAUAAAGAAGCAAAAAACCGUCAAAGAGCAAAAGACUGUGAAAGAUAUAUUGAAGGAGUUGCCUUCAAUAAACACUAGAUCGACACCUGGAUUGAUGACAGAUGCUGUAAGUUCUUUGACAUCAGAACAAAAAGAUUGGGUGAAACGGAUGAGAUUUAAAGCAUUUUUGAAGAUCAACAUUAAGAGUAUUCCCUUAAAACUUUGCCAUUUUGUGCUUGAGCAUUAUGAUGAAGGCACAAACAGUAUUCUGAUUAAAGGAAAAAGACUAAAGAUCAUAAAGGAAAAAAUUCAUAAAGUGUUUGGUUUACCCAAAACUGGAAAAAGCUUAUUUGACUUGGACAUGGUUAGCGAAGAUCAUCAAGUGUUUGAUGGAUGGAUGAAGGAACUUGAAGGUGGAAAGGCAAAUGCAACAAACUACAAGAAGAUUAUUCAAAAAUCCGAACAAGUGGAUAUGAAUUUCAAGCUGGGUUUCAUAGCUUUAUUUGUUAAUACGUUUGCAGAAUCCAUUCCUAUGGGGACAAACAACUUAGUUCCAGUUAGAGCACUUUUUGAAGUAGAUGACAUUUCUAAAAUCGAUUGGUGUGCGUAUUUGUUGUACUGUGUGAAAAAUUCAAAAGGGAGAUGGCGUCCAGACAACCCCAAGUGUUAUUACAGAGGCCCGAUGUUGUUGUUGUUGCUCCAAAAAAUAGAAUGUAAAACACCAUUAGUUACAAUGUGGACAACAGAUAAGUUGAAGGAAAGACAAUCUUUUGAGAUUGAAGCCGGUGGAUUUGGGGUUGGAAAUCUAAUUGAACAAAGUUCAAAUUUAGAACGUGACAAGAAUGAGAAUCAGGAGAAUGAGAAUCAGGACACACACAAUAGAACGAAGGAGAUGAUAAGAAAGUUUAGAGACAUAUUUUCAACUACACUUUUUUCAAGUCGAGAGAAAUCAGAAACUAUUAAGGAGAGAACUGAAGUCAAAGCAGAUAGAGAUGAAGAGCUUAAUAAAACAAAAAUUUCUGAUUUUGAUGAUGAUAAAGAUGAAGGAAUGAAUACAAAGUUGGUUGCAUUUUUAGCUGUUAAACCAUUACAACAGAAGUUUCCAGAUAAUGAAGAAAGAAAAGAAGAAGAUCAAGAUAUGAAUGUUGACGACCCAAUAAAUUUGGGUUUAGAGAAUAAUAUUGGCAAGGAAACGAUUAGACAUCCGCACAAUCCAGAAAGACAAAUAGAAUUUGAAGGAAUAAAUGUUGAUGACAAAAUAAAUUUGGCUUUAGAGGUGAAUAAUAUAGACGAGACUAUUGGAAAGAAGAAUUUAGAAGAGAAUGUUGAGAGCAAAAAUCUUGUUGAGGGUGGUGAAAUGAUUGGUGGGGAGAAGAUUAGGGAGGGGAAUAUUGUAGAGAAGGUGGUUGGAGACAAUAUAGGUGAGAGCUCAAUUGUUACACCAAAACACAAUCCAAAAGAAAUCCAGAUUCAAAUACAAUUCCAAAUCCAGUUGUCAAAUCUCCUAAAUGGUGAUAAUUCUGAGGGUAAUGAUGAAGAUGGAGAGUUAGAAGGGAAUGAAGAGCAUAUUUUAGAUGAGAAAGGGAAAAAGGGUCAGAAUGUGAAUGAAAGAGGGAAAAGGAAGGUGACUAAUCCAGAUAUUUUUAGAUCACCUUUUGUGAAUAGGGUAAUUGACUUAAGUGAAAAAGUCAGUACUGGGCAAGAGAUAAUGGCGCAAAUCAUGUUUAGAUGCGUUGGAGACAAAGAUCCAAUGGAAAUGUUGUUUGAAACCGAGUCUGGAGACAUAAUGGAUAGGGUGCAUUUUGAGGGUAUGCGUCCAAAUCAUAAGAUACAUCCUUUCGUUAUUGAUUGUUGGGCUGCUGUUCUUAAUUUUGAAGAAGAAAACCUGAGAAACAAAAAAUCACCACCACGUGUCUUCUUCAACACUCAAAUUAUGACAGAAAAAUUAUUGGAUUCUUCAAUACCUUUUGUCGAAAGAUUCCGACUUUUUGAUGAGGCUGUAAACAAUUACUUAUAUGACAUCAAAAGAAAAGUGGAUUUCAAUUCUGUUAAUCUGGUGUUUUUUCCAAUACACAACCGUGGUCAUUUUUAUUGUCUUCUUUUCAACCUUACAAAUCCAGAACAUAUAAUCAUUGACAGCAUAAGAUACACCAAAAAAGUGGAAGAUAUCUAUGGAGAGAUUCCUAAACUUGUGUUUUUGGACAACAAUCGGCGGGAUAAGGUUUCUUUGUUUAAAUCUGUGAAGCCAAAGAAAAUGAAAAUGACAUGGCAAACAAAAGCUAAGACAAAUGAUGAUGGUAUAUUUUUGAUGAGGCACAUGGAAAAAUACAUGGGUGAGAAAGAAGAAAAGUGGGAUGUGGAACUGGGAGAAGAAAGUGUUAGGACAUCUAAGAAGAUUGCAAAGUUGCGUACAUUUUAUGUUGCUAAGCUAGCAAACCAUCAAAUUAACAAGCAGAGAAAAUUGAAUGUUGCAGAAGCAUUGGAAUUUUCAAAACUUGAUAAGAAAACUAGGUGUAUGUUGGUGAAAGAAGGGAGUGAAGCAAGAGACAAUCUGGAAAUGAAGAAAGUUUGA